UCAUUAUAUUGGGUUUUCUCUGUAGGAAGAAGACAUAUUCACUGGAUCUCACAGACGCAUCAGAAAAUGUCGAUAGCAUCUCAGAAAGCUUUUGUAACAGGUUCGGAAUUUCCGCCACUAAAGCCUGGGACUCUCCGACUGUACAGCAUGCGUCUCUGUCCAUACGCCCAAAGAGCCAGACUGGUACUUGCCCACAAGAACAUACAACAUGAAGUGGUCAAUAUUAACCUGAGCAAAAAGCCUGAAUGGUACUUGGAAAAGGUCAACCCCAUGGGAAAGGUUCCCGCGCUGGAGAAGGACGGAAAGAUUAUUUACGAGUCGGACAUUUGUUGUGAUUACCUUGACCAGGUGUAUCCAAACGACAAGCUGACCCCUGAUGACCCGUACCAACAAGCUAGGGAUAGAAUGUUACUUUCUUAUUAUGGACAGGUGACUACGCAAUAUUAUAAAUUCUACUUCGGAACACCGGACAGCUUUCCAGCGACGGCCGAGGCUCUCGGCAAAUUACUGUCGGAAUUUGACAAAGAAUUGGAAAAGAGGGGGAAAUUUUUUGGAGGUAAGGCGAUGGAAUACCUUAAACCCAAUUUGAUGGCAUAUAUAAAGAGAAUGGUGGACGUCCCAGCAGUUAAAAAAUGUCUGACGUCUGAGGAAAACCACCUUAAAUUUUACCAUAGUAUAAAAAGCGGAAAGGGUGAUUAUGAUAUAGGACUUGAAUAAAGUUAAAUUGUUUUGGUCGUUGGGUAGAGAAUAUGCCAGAUUUAGUUAAAUAAGUGUCAUAUAAGUUAUUAAACCUUUAAAGGUGCAUUUAAUUCUCUGGUUACUUUUAGUGAUAAUUACAUGUGUAAUAUAUUAUAGUAAAAUAAGUAUCGAUGUCAUGAAAUGAAUUAUUGAUAAAAUAGUAGAACCAGAAGUCCUUGAUGAGACUGUAGCUUUACUGCUUUGUACUAAAACAUUUUGGAAGAGAACUUGAAAUUUCAAUAAAUAGAAAAAAUACCAACAUAAGAAA